AUGUUCUCCACUAACUUUCUACAAGCCAACCCCUUGUGGUCAUACAUCGAGAAAAUGAAUUUCGAUGAAUGCGGAAAGUUCAUCAAGAAUUUUUUGAUGGAACUGCUUGGGGUGGAGCGAUUCGCGAGUCUUCAUCGACGACUUGGUGGGAAGAUUGAUGCGGAGAAUUCCAACAAUUCGUCCCGUCUCUACACAGGAUGCUCGUCAAUGCAAGAGCGACUGAUGGCAAUUAACGAGCUGCCACAAUAUCAUGCCUUUCUGAUCAAGGCAAUUGGCCAAGCAGACACCCAAUACCUGACGAAUAAAUACGAGGAGACGAUCAGCGAUGUCAAUUUGUUCAACUAUUGGAGUGGUCGAUUUGAUGAGGUUAACCUGGCCGUGGAACAUUUGUGGUCUUUGAAGAAAGAUGGACAAUCUCCAUCAGAUGAUCCAUAUCUUCACUUCGAUGUGACAAGACGUGGAGAGAAAAUCGAGAACAAGAGGGGACGAGCUUGGGGUCCAGCUUAUCAACCAACGUCCACAAAAGGCUACCUUUAUAUCAGAAGCGAGCAGUUGACGACCGAAUCAAAAUUUGCCACUUCGGGAAUGGGAAUCGCAAACUUUUUGGAAGAUUUUCUCGGAAAAGAACCAUUGAAGCAACUGAACAAGAAGCUCUCCAAUGAAUUGGAAUCAGAUUGUGAUCGCUGGAAACGGACAAACGAUGAGGCACAAUUGUUCAUACAUCAAUUCCCCAAAACUCUCUUUUCUCCCAGUGAAGUAUCAUGCUCGGAGAUCCACCGUUAUUUGGCUCAUUUGUUUGACGAAACUCUCCUCAAACUUUUCUAUCAACGAAUUGAUGAACUUACCAGCGACAUCUCUCAUUUCAUUCUAUGGACUGAUCGUUUCGAAAGCGUUCACCAAGCUAUACAUCGAAGUAAAACGGAAGCUUUAUCCGAUCUAUCUCGUACCUCCGAGCUGCUCUUUUUUCGUUCGCUAACCAGCUUCUCCGUGGUUUUCUUGGUUUGGAAAUUUUGCUUCUGGAUGAACAGAAAGGAAUCGACGUUGGAUCUGCCAAAAGGGGCGGUAGAGGAUCCACAACGAUAUGUUCUCAACUUUGUCGUCGAUCUUCUCACCGAGGGCCGUGGCAUGGCGAUUUUGAGGGAAACUCGGUGGCUCGGGGGACGAUUGUGCGAAACA